UCUGUCACAGCGCGAGGGGGCCCUGGGUCCGACACGUCCGGGAGGCGCCCCCGACCCGCGCGCGCGCCUUCCCUGGCCAGCCGCGCCCCGCACGCGGUGCGCGCGCCCCUGCGAGGGGGGCGGGGCGCCGGAGCGCGGGCGGGCGCCGCCCACGCGGGUGGUCCGCGCGGGGCCUCCGCGCCUCGGAGGUGCCGCGGGUGCGUGGUGUACAUUACAAACCGGAGCCGAGAGCGCGCCGGGCGGCGGUCUCGCUCGCACCCUCCCCCGUUCGCCGCCGCGGGUACGGGGGACAGAGGUAUGGGAGGAGAGAGAAAGCGGCAAGGGAAGGGGGAGGAGGGGCAUGCCCGCUCACCGAAGGGAUGCCGCCGCCGCGGCCCGCGGCCACCUCACUCCUCCGGGGCCAGGCCGAUCUUCGAGUUCCCGCCGCCCACGCCCUCUCGCCGAUGCGGGCCCCCUGGCGGAAGGCCACGCGCCAGACGUUGAAGAGGGCCCACGAGGCGGCCAGGAGCGGCAGCGCCAGGACGGCCAGGAUGCGCACGUCGAGCCCGUCGUCGUCCUCGGAGGCGAUCGCCAGCGCCGGCGCCGGCACGGCGGAGGCGAUCGCCAGCAGCGCGGCCCCGGCGACGGCUCCGGCGGCGCCCGAGGGCGGCGCCGCCGCCGGGGCGGGCACGAAGGCCGCAGGGCGGCACGCCGCGAGGGCGAGGGCGGCCAGCACCAGGGUGGGCAGGGCCGACCGGGAGCGCACCGCGGCCAUGGCGUGCCGGAGUGGGCGUGGGCGGCGGGCGGCGCCGCGAGGGCCCCGGGCGUCCAGCGGCCCCGCGUCGGAACAGACGGCGCGGCGGCACUUUUGUGAACAGACGCCAGAGAUACCACGGGCCGUCGCCGCGUGAAGGGCGGACGGCUCGAUCAAAGACCUUGGGCCGCAAUGGCUGGCGGAGGGGUGCGGGGGGAGAGGCAGAAGGUUCAAGGCCCGCUGCGGCCGGGGAUCUCCACCUG